AGGGACUGAAAACCAAGUGAGGAGAUGAGAGUGGUCUCGCCCUGGUGCAGCAGGAGAGGCUACAAGGGAGAGAAAUGACUGGUGAGGAGUGGGUAAGGUCGGAAUAGAGACACCGUGCAUAGGAAGAACUACAAGCUCCAGUCACAGGAAGGACCAAUGAUGCCCUGCCUCAGCUCAUCUGCUGCUGACACCCUCAUCCAUACCUUUCUAGGCUCUAGACUCAACUAUUCCAGUGCUCUCCUGGCUGCUCACACAUAUUGCACUAAGGAUUGCACAGUACUACACCAGAGAAUGCAGAGAAGAUAGACACCGCAGAUAGACCCUGAACAUCACCUAAGGAACAACUGCACAACUGUGGGAAGACAUCCAGCCCCUUCACAGCAUUGCUCAACACAGAGAAGGUUGGGUAGUGAAACCAUUAUCUGGAAAUUGGUCGGGUCAGGGGGGCUUUGACAUAUCAUCAGAUCUGAAACUGGUCAGUGGUGUGAAGCCUUCCAUCAGAACCAACCUUUCUGAAGGUUCAGCUGUGGGUGAUUGGUCAGGGUGAGGCUGGGAAGAAGUGUGAGUGGGCUCCAAGUGUGGUGAGUGCUUCAGUCAUUCAUUGAACCUCAUGAACCACUGACUCAUUCCUACAGGUGAGAAGCUGUUCAAGUGUGAGGUGUAUGAGGAGAGCACCUCAACCUCAUAAGACCUCCUAACACACAUGGUGCAACUGUAACAACCACUGUUAACACAAGGACAGCUACAUGAACAAGGAACGAUUCAAGUGUGAGGUUUGUGAUAAAGUCUUCACACAGUUAAGGAGCCUCCAGCUACAUCAGACCAUCCACACAGGAGAGAAACGAUUCAAGUGUGAGUUUUGCGAUAAAGCUUUUGUGACAUCUUCAAGGCUCCUGAGACACCAGAGUAUUCACACAGGAGAGAAACCAUUCACGUGUGAGGUGUGUGACAAAUCAUUCUCGCAGUCAUCAUAUCUCCGUAUACACCAACGUAUUCACAGUGGGGAGAAACCAUUCACAUGUGAGGUGUGUGCCAAAUCAUUCUCGGAUUCAUCAAACUUCCGCACACACCAACGCAUUCACACGGGGGAGAGACCGUUCAAAUGUGAGGUUUGUGACAAAGCCUUCACGCGGUUAUCGCAUCUCCUGGAGCAUCAGAGGAUCCACACCGGGGAGAAGCCAUUCACAUGCGAGGUGUGUGACAAAUCAUUCUCAGAUUUAUCAAGCCUCCGUGGCCAUGAACGCAUUCACACAGGGGAAAAACCAUUCACAUGUGAGGUGUGCGAAAAAUCAUUCUCAUUUUCAUCGAGCCUCCGCACACACCAACGUAUUCACACAGGAGAGAGACCAUUCAAGUGUGAGGUGUGCGGCAAAGCCUUCCCGCGAUUGUCGAAGCUCCUGAUCCAUAGGAGGAUUCACACAGGGGAAAAACCAUUCACAUGCGAGGUGUGUGACAAAUCAUUCUCUGAUUCAUCGAGCUUCCGUUGCCACAAACGCAUUCACACUGGGGAGAGGCCAUUCAAGUGUGAGGCGUGUGGCAAAGCCUUCACACGGUUAUCAAAGCUUCUGGCCCAUCAGAGGCUCCACGCAGGGGAGAAACCAUUCACAUGCGAGGUGUGUGACAAAUCAUUCUCACAGUCUCAGACCCUCUGCGCACACCAACAUAUUCACACGGAAGUAACUGUUCAAGUGUGAGGUAUCAGACAAAUCCUUCACAAAGUUUUUGAAGCUCCUGGUCUAUCAGACAGUGCACACAGGGGAGAAACCAUUGAAGUGUGGGGUGUGAGAUAAUUCAUUCUUACAGUCAUCUGAACUCCUGCUCCAUCAGAGGAUCCACACAAGGGUGCAAUCAUUCAAGUGUGAGGUUUUCGACAAUGCUUUCUGGACAUCUUCUAUGUGAGAUAUCAAUGUGAGUUCUGUAAGAAAUCCUUCACACAAUUGUUAGACCUCCUGGGACAUCAGCGAACCCACAGGAACUACCCAGCCAAGUUUUAGCCAAUCUGUCAUCAGGGUGUGAAGCUUUGUGCAAACUCACUGCAAAGGAUGUUCAGUGGUAUUGAGGCACAGAACAAGAAGCAGCUUUCACAUCAAACAACUAGUGACAACAACACCAGUGCUGAGGUAUGAUGAUGUCAAUGAUGAGGUCACCCUGCAGUGAGAUGCCAGUGAAACAGGACUUGGAGCAACUCUCAUGCAGCAAGGACAACCAGUUGUGUUUGUAUCCAGAACGUUAACACAAUUGAGAAAGAGAGCCUGGCUAAUAUCUUUCCUUAUGAGCAUUUCAGCCAGUACCUGUUUGGGAGCAAGAAAGUGCUAUUAGAAUCUGACCAUAAGCCAUUUCAAAACAUCUUUCUCAAACCCUUUCCAUCUGCUCCAAAGCGUUUGCAAAGAAUGUUACUUCAUUUGCAGAGAUAUCAUUUGGAAGUGAAGACCUGAAAACUCUAAAGGUUAUAUGUGCAAUGCGUAUGUAGCGACAGACAAAAUUGGAACAAACUAAGAACAAAGAACAAGGGUUUUUUUGAUCAAGUGUGUGAUAGUUUUUUUUUGGACUGUUUAUGUGGAGUAACUUGCAAACAAAAAGGGGAUGUCUGGAUAAACCCCUUUGUGUACUGUCGCUUCCCAUAUUAAUGUGAUCUCUGAUGUCAUCAAAUGUAAAUCAAGGUUUGAGGGCACUUGUCAUUUUACCACCAGAUGGAACAUUGUUUAAGAUUCAAAUGGUUCCAGAUAUGAACAACAUGAGUUUCCUGAAGCUUUGGAAACUGACCGGUGAAACAGAGCCGACUUUGAGCAGCAGAUCAGGGAAACAUUAUGCUUCCUGUGAACUGAAAAUUAUAAACCCACUGAUGGAGCCGAAACGUCAACUGUGUUCCUCUCCGCAUAUGCUGUCAGACCUGCUGAGUUUUUCCAGAGGGAUUGCAACGUACUACACCAGAGAAUACAGAGAGGAUAGACACCGCAGAUAGAUCCUGGCCAUGACCCAUGGAACAACUUUGGGAAGACAUCCAGUCCCUUCACAGUAUUGCUCAGCACAGAGGUUGGGCAGUGUAACCAUCAUCUGGAAAUUGGUCAGGUCAGGGGAGCUUUGACAUAUCAUCAGAUCUGAAACUGGUCAAUGGUGUGGAGCCUUCCAUCAGAACCAACCUUUCUGAACAUUCAGCUGUGUGCGAUCAGUCAGGAUGAGGCUGGGAAGAAGUGUGAGUGGGCUCCAAGUGUGGUGAGAGCUUCAAUUAUUCAUCGAGCCUCAUGAACCACUGACUCAUUCCGACAGGUGAGAGGCUGUUGAAGCGUGAGGUGUGAGAGGAGGGCUCCACAGGCCGAUAAGAACUCCGAAUAUGCAAGGUGCAUCUCUUGUUAACACAAGAGCAACUCCAUGGAAGAGAAACUAUUGAAGUGUGAGGUGUGCAAUCGAGGCUUGUGCAAUAUCAAUGCAUCCACACUGAGAAGAAGCCAUUCAAGUGUUAGGUGUGUGAGAAAUCAUUCUCAGAAUCAUCGCACCUCCACAGACACCAACAAAUUCACACUGGGGAGAAACUGUUCACUUGCAAAGUGUGUAACAAGUCGUUCUCGCAUUCCUUGACCUUCUGUACACACCAUGCCUUCACACUGGGGAGAAGCCAUUCAAGUGUGAGGUGUGUGACAAGAGCUUUGCAGGAUCAUCAGCCCUGCUGAAACAUUGGUACAUUCACACUGCAGCAAAACUAUACACGUGUGAAGUGAGUGACAGAUUAUUCUCAGAUUCAUCGUCCCUCUGAGCACAUCAACCGAUUCACAUGAGAGAAACCUUUCCCAUGCGAGGUGUGUGACAAAUACUUCUUGAGGUCAUCGGAGCUCCUGUUCCAUCAGAGGAUCUACACAGGGGAGUGAGUCUUUAAUUGUGAGCUUAGCGUGGGAAAGCUGUGCUCUAACUGCAAGAAGCUGAACCACUUUGCACACAUGCACUUCAUCAGAUCAAAGAAGAAAUUGUAAAUCACAUCCUUGGACCAGCUAAAAUGAUUUUGUUGAAAGAAGGAAUGAGUUGUUGGUACAAAAAGAAGUUAUUUUGAAGUUGUUAUCUCAAAACGAGAAUUUAAAAUGUUUGAGUCUGGAUAAUUAACUUAGAAAUGAGGAUGUGCCUACAGCUAAAGAAGAAGGAGACAAUUUAACUAUGGACUUAACUGAGACAUUCUUUGUAGAAUUUAAAGAUGAGAAAUCUAAAGACAUGGAGACCAGUGAGAUUCAAAAGCUGAAAUCAGCAGAGACUGUUUUAAACAAAAACAAGACUGAGUUUGAAAAUUUACCUGUGAAUAAGAAUGAAAAAUCUCCUUUUGCAGUAGGAACUCUGGUCAAUAAAUAUUGUAAGAAGAAAACUAUCAGAAAACAUCACAAAAAGUAAUAUUUUACAUCUUAAAUUGGCCAUGGAAUUGAGCAGGUAGCUGAUGAGGUGGUGAAGUUGAUUGGACAAUGGGAGGAUGAUUAUUGUGUGUAUUGCAUGUGGUCUGAUAAUUGUUAAGAUUUAUAACAUAUUGUAAGUUGUAAUAUUCUACACGGUGUAAAUGAAAACACAUCAACUGGUGACACAUUUUCAUUUUCUUCAGGUGGGGAGUGUUGUGAAUCCUUAGUUCAUGGUUCAUAUUUCUUAGAAUAUAAUUUUUAGUUUUAGGAAUAUAAGUUUUAGAUUGUGGGUUAAAAAGGUCAGAAUAGAGAGAGCAAUAAAACAGCAGGUGGGCUUACAUACCUGGAGAGCUGGAGACGUGAUGUCUGCACACCUUGCAGUAAAGACAGUCCAGAGAGAUUGUUUUGAUUUGGAAGUUAGAGCUAAAUUAGUUUAAAAACAUUGUGAACCCUGGUAGGUUCAGCACAAAGAAGAAAUUGUAAAUAAGGCACAAUUAAUUUAAAGGUCAGUUUGAGGACAGCCCAGAGCAGGCUACAUCCUCACGGAGAUGGAUGGAGCUUAGGAAGGCUCUCUGGUUUCAAUUUAUCUGGGAGUUUUCUAGGAGAGAUUUUAGUCACAGUUUGGACCUCGUGGUUUGCAGCUCAUUGAGAGAAGUUAGCUAAAAUAAAUGACAGUUAGACAGACCUGCACUGUAAGCAGAGUAAAACACUAACAUCAUCAUUGACCACAUGAAAGACGAGUGAGGCUUAUUCUCAGUAGAAUUUUGUGAGGAACAGAAGCUGGAAGAUUAAGGUUAAGGACUUCUCCUCAGGGUUGGAGAGUAACUUGGAAUGGGAGGGGAAGCAUCCAUUAGUCAUGGUGGAUGUGGGUACCAAUGACAUAAAUAGGACCAGCAAAGAGUUCUGCUGAUCCCUGUACACAGCACAGGGAGCAUCAAGGAAACUGACUGAGCACAGUGCCUGGCACACAACACAGAGGGCAGCAGGGAAACUGACUGAGCACAGUGCCUGGUACACAGUGCAGAGGGCAGCAGCAGAAACUCACUGAGCAGAGUCUUGUUAUUAGAAUGUUUAUGAAAUAUUUACAUUUUUAAUAUGCUGUAACAGGUGAUUUGUCUCUAAUUUUGGAACUGGACAAUUCCAUUUAAUGUUAAAAGUUAAUAAUUGGAGAUCGUAACAAAUCUUCUCUGUUUAAAUCUGUCCUAGUGUUGUUAGACUCUCCAUCUGGGAGGGGGACCAGACCAUAGGGCAUGAGGUGGGUUCAUUGUGUAUGUGCCCGUAAGUUGUUAUCUGUCAGACCUGCCCUGUUCAAGUAUCGCCUCCUGUGGAAGUUCAGCUUCCCUCAGCUCCAAUUUCUGAUGCUCAACAUUCACCUCAUCCGGUUCCUCUCCCAGGAUGUCCCACUCCAUUCACCUCUCCCAGUUCCGCUCCUGGAUUGUCCCAGUCCAGACCUUGUUUGAGUGCUAUUAUUCAGCAUGCAGAACGCUAGGAUGAUUGUGACUAUUCUCUCUCUCUGGGGAAUAUUGUGAUCCAGCCCCAGCCACAGGAGGAAGGGAUGGACCUGGUCCCUGAUCACCUCCUCCUCAAUCCUCUACAUCUCACUUUACCUUUUUUAUCUCUCCUCCUCCAGCAUUAUAAAGAUGAGAGGGAUAGAGGGAAAAUUGACCAUUUUAAACUCUAUCAUUAGAUGAAAACAGAAAGCAGAAACUCCUUACAAUAUUACUGAGUAUUAUUAACUAUUCCUCCUGUCUAUGUGACACAAACUAUUAUCUGUGGGCCUGAAAUAAUUGCUGACCUCAUCAUGUAGACUGGAGUCAUGGAUAUGACUGAGUGUUGGUGCCUGAACACCCAAAAACCCUGAGUAUAAUUUGAAGAGCCGCCUCAAACAGGCGGAAUCAGCAGAAACUCGCCACUCUCAUUAUUCCCAUCUGGGGCCGUGGUCAUUUCUGUGGUUGGUACCAGCAUCCUGGAUGAUGAUUCAUAAACCAGUGUUAAAGAUCAAAAAAGUUCCGUUGAGGGCUGAUGUAACUUACAUUUAAAUUUCUUGAUACAGUCAAUUUCAGUUGGAUUACGCGAGUAAAACCGACACAAACUUGUGUAAACUCUUGUCCACAACCUGUGUGCUUGAAGUUGUUGCAUAUUUGUCAAGGAAUUUUACUAAGGCAAACAUUAAAAAAAUUGUAUGAGACCAA